GUUUAGCUGUAUGUAUAUUAUAACGUUAUAACAUAGGGCUUAAUUGUCAAUCUACAAUGUGAUUUAGGUGCAAUGCGUAAACAAAAUAUCAACAUGUGCCUGUUAGCGCGUUUAUUCUUUUGAUUGAUUCUGAUAUUGUGAGCAGGAACCUUCAGGUGACACGAGGAGACCUCACCUCUUGUGUAGACUUCAGUGUCACACACCAUUCCAACUACAGCCAUCAAACAAUUGACUGUUCCGUGUUUUUCUGCUUUCAGAGAAUCUGCAGAGACAAACAUUCAUCACACAAGCUGUUUAGCAAGAGAGGACGAUUAGAAUAGAUCAAAUAGUAACACAUUAGCACUGUAGCCGGCGCAGAAAGCUAAGCCGACAUCCAUAGACGCACGAGGAUCGAUUACUCCCGGUAUUGACGAGAGGGAGUUUCAAAGGGGCGUGGCCACACCGUAUGUCACAAAAACGGGCAGUGUGUAAACCAAGCACGGGCACCAGUCUAUGGUAGUCGGUAGAGACGUACACAACAUCGAUCUGAGUCGCGGUGUGUGUAUCUGAACCAGCGUUGUUUGUUUAUUUACUCGCCAACCACCCAUGGUCGAGGUAGUACUGUUAAACUCACCUGUAACUGUUGAUACGCUUCAUUGGACAUGAUAACUGUCAUCUCAUUGGCUACAUGUGAUUAAAACGUGUCUCCCUGGCAACCAUCACGCGUAUUAACAUAAGACAACAAAAUCCGUCCGUUGCAUUAAGUGCUUGGCAAGGUGUAGUAACACCAGGCGGGUCUACACACCGGGAGUAAGGUGGAGGAGAGAGUACGGGAAGGAAAUCUCUUUUGGUGAGAUUUGGUUUGGUCUUAGUUGUAUUUCCUUUAUUGAAGCAUUGGCGAACGGCUGCUAGCACAGAGGGGACUAGCAGACACGAGAGAACGGCGCGUAUUGAUCAGCUCCGAGAAAUGCUGUUGUUCACUUAGAUGACAGUGGUGCUGGUGUACGUCUGAUCACCAACUACUGGCCAGAUAGUGUCGAUUUAAAUUGGAAAACAAGACACACACGUCGCACAACAAUCAGGACAGCAACCAGGAGGUUAUGACAGUACUUACUGUGUCGGCCAGUACGUGAAUACUCCACUUUUAGACCACCCUGUAGCAUGGCUUUGUAAUCUUGCCUGAAUACGGACCCAAUCAUAAACAAUGUCGGAAAAUGUUGGUAACGCCGAAGUUGAAGAUUUCCCAGAUAUUGUGGAAUUGAACGUUGGUGGGGUAUUCUAUACGUCAACAUUGAGGACUCUGAAACAGGAGUCCGAGUCUUUGUUAGGACAGACGUUUAACGGCACGUCCGCUCUCAACCUCAUCAAGGACUCCAAAGGAAAAUAUUUCUUAGACAGGGAUGGAGUUCUGUUUCGCUACAUACUCGAUUAUCUGCGGAAUAACAAACUAGUUCUACCGGAGAACUUCCACGAGAAGGAACGUCUGAAACAGGAAGCGGAAUACUUCCAGUUACCCGGCCUAGUCAAGUCACUGUGUUCACUGAUAGCAACAACACCGAAAGCUGGAUCGGUGUCGCAAUCAAAAAACCCUCCCAUAUCUAAUAGUAAUUCCCUCACCUCUGUGACGCCCUCGUCACGACCAGGAUGUAUUACUGUGGGAUAUCGAGGCACGUUUGCUUUUGGACGUGACGGUUUGGCGGACGUCAAAUUCAGGAAAAUAAGCCGUAUCAUUGUCUGUGGUAAGGUGUCACUGUGUCGCGAGGUAUUCAAGGACACACUAAACGAGAGUCGGGAUCCGGACCGUGGUGUUUGCGACCGGUACACAGUGAGGUUUUUCCUGAAACACAACUUCUUAGAGCAAGCGUUUGACAUGUUGUCCGAGGUGGGGUUCUCUAUAAGUAGCUGCUGUGCCUCGGGUACAAACAACGCCGGUGAAAUUAAAGCUGGAAUGGACACAGAAGAAGCAAAAUGGCAACAUUACAAUGAAUUUAUUUUCUGCCGGAAGUAGCAAUACAGAUGUCAAUAUUCAUACAAUAUUUUAGUGUUUGUAGAACAGACAUAUGUAAUUUUGACAACAGUUUAUUGGACAUUGAUAUAUUUCGUUUAGGAGGAAGUGUUUUACGGUGGAAUUGAAGUUAUCGUGUACUUUUUGUGAUGCUUAACCUCCAAGAGAUGUUAAUCGUGUGAAAACAUUUGGAGAAUUCAGAGUGACUGACAUGGCAAAAAAACGGCGUGAAACGCGUGUGUUGGAAUAUCGAGAGUAUUUCAGGUGUGUUGAACGCGGAGAAAUUCUUUGUGAGUUCAGGUGGAGAAGUAACGCUAUAGAAUGGAUGCAUAGUCGAUAUCCGCAGGUAACACAUUCCAUACAUUACCAAGCUUAUAAUACAGUGUUGUUGGUGUCACAUCGCGUAAGCUCUGGUCGACAGGCAUAUCACAAUAUGCACUUUUUAUCAGUCAUGCAAGAGACCAAACGUUGUCUUUCAUCUUUGUUUUCAUCGUUUUCAUUGUAAGUAGAAAACAGUCGAAGAGAAGUUUUCUCGUCCCCGUGUAUUAUAGACAAAUGCUUUAAAACAAUGCACCAGAGGAAUGUCACAGUGAGUCUGUUUAGACAUUUAACGGUCUCGUAGCUGUUUUUCAGUAUAUCAUCGUCGCUUUCUGUAUGAACAGUUAUUUCAUUGAAAUUUAAAACUCUUAUUCUAUUUAGAAUAAACAAACUGCUACCAACCAUAUUUUAUAUCGGUAUACGUUUCCUAUGUGGCUAUAGACUAACAGAGAAUAUUGUGAGAACAUAAUAUUGAAUUUAGUACGCUACCAUGUAACGGGGAAUGAUUUAAGAUCCACAGGCCAGCCACAAUAUUAGUAGGCUAGUAGAAAAAUGUUCAGCCAUAAUAUAAGACGGCUAAUAUAAUAGGUAAGGACUAUGAACGUGCCAGCAAUAAUACCAGUAUGUUAUUAAGAUAAUAUUUAGGACCAAGGGCCAGCCAUAAUGUUUGUAGGUUAACAGAAAAGAAUGUUUUAGGACUACGAGACAGCCUAAAACUAAGCUAACAAAUGUAUUUUAGGAAUACGGGCCAGCUAGAAUAUUAGAAGCAUUACACAAAUAUUUAGGAAUACGGGCCAGCUAGAAUACUAGUAGGCUACCAAAAGCCAGCUAGAAUACCAGUAGGCUAACAAAGGACAGCUAGAAUACUAGCAGGCUACCAAAAGCCAGCUAGAAUACCAGUAGGCUAACAAAGGACAGCUAGAAUACUAGCAAGCUACCAAAAGCCAGCUAGAAUACCAGUAGGCUAACAACGGCCAGCUAGAAUACUAGCAGGAUACCAAAAGCCAGCUAGAAUGCCAGUAGGCUAACAAAGGACAGCUAGAAUACUAGUAGGCUAACACAGGCCAGCUAGAAUACCAGUAGGCUAACAACGGCCAGCUAGAAUACUAAUAGGCUAACAAAGGCCAGCUAGAAUAAUAUAAGGCUAACAAAGGCCAGCUAGAAUACCAGUAGGCUAACAAAGGCCAGCUAGAAUACUAAUAGGCUAACAAAGGCCGGUUAGAAUACUAGUAGGCUAACAAAGGCCAGCUAGAAUACCAGUAGGCUAACAAAGGCAAGCUAGAAUUCCAGUAGGCUAACAAAGGCCGGCUAGAAUAAUAGUAGGCUAACAAGGGCCGGCUAGAAUAAUAGUAGGCUAACAAAGGCCGGCUAGAAUAAUAGUAGGCCAACAAAGGCCGGUAGAAUAAUAGUAGGCUGACAAAGGCCGGCUAGAAUACCAGUAGGCUAACAAAGGCCAGCUAGAAUACUAAUAGGCUAACAAAGGCCAGCUAGAAUAAUAUAAGGCUAACAAAGGCCAGCUAGAAUACCAGUAGGCUAACAAAGGCCGGCUAGAAUAAUAGUAGGCCAACAAAGGCCGGUAGAAUAAUAGUAGGCUGACAAAGGCCGGCUAGAAUACCAGUAGGCUAACAAAGGCCAGCUAGAAUAAUAGUAGGCUUAUGCAGAAUAUUAUAGGACCAUGGUCCUACCAUAAUACUAGUAGGUAACAGAAAAAUGCUUUGAGAAUGCGAGCUACCAGUAAUGCUAUAUGGCCAAUGAGAAUAGUUUGGGACUACAUACGGGCAAGCCAAAAUACAAAUAGACAAACAGAGAAUGCGUGUAAUUUAGGAUCACAGGACAGCCACAAUAUACACUAGCAGGCUAAUGGGGAAUGUUUUAGGGUCAUGGGAUCGACACUUUCUAGUAGGCUAAUAGAGAAUACUGUGAGAUUACGGGCCAGCUAUCAUACUAAUAGGCUAAUCACAGCGAAUAUUUAGGACGACGGGCUAGCUAUAAUAAUAAAUGCGUACAGAGGAAUAUUGUAAGAUUUAGAGCCAGCUAAGUACUAACAAUCUAACAUCGAACAUUUAAGGCCGGUAGUAUAAAGGCCAGGUACAAUGCUGGUAGUAUAGGCCAGCUAUUGUGCUGGUGGUAUAUAUCUGUAGAGCCCAGCUAGAAUACCGGUAGGCUAAAAGAAAAGAUCAUUAGUGAUACUAAUAAGCUUAUCACAGCGAAUAUUGGAGAAAUAAAGGAAAUAUUAAAAUGUUAUAGUAGAUCAUUGUAGAACGAAGCUAAUACUGGUAACGUUUAGUAACCUUAUGUACACUGCCGGAAUCUUAUCCCUCUCAUUAUAAACCUGGUUCACCGUGUACGUGUCUGAGGGGUUGUCGAUGAUCAGCGCACUCCUCGAGAUGCCAAGAACGGUUCAUAGUGUUUAUUUUCUACCAUGAUAUCGUCGCUGUUUUUGUCUUGUCUUGAAUGUUUUCUGAUAAAAACAUUUCUGUCCCCCUGACGGCGGAUGGCGACCGGAUCUAGAUCUACAUGUAAUUGUCACGUAUAGUACUCGCUGUCUAAGGUAUUAUCGUCGCUUCUAUAUCUCCGGUAUCAGUGUACUGUUCAAAAGCAUCGUUUUUGUGUCAAUAUUAAAAUACUCCAAGUCUAAAGAACUCUGUCAUUGUGGUCAAACUGGCCAGUCAAAAGACCCAUUUUCUUUCAGCUGGUAGGCGGGAAAUCGUGUACGAAAUCCGGUCCUGCCUCCGGUCUGGCCGCUACCUACACCUCCAUUGGACGUGGACCACAUAUCCCCGACAUUGAUGAACAAUCUAUAUUUUAAGAUAUGAAAAUAUGCAAGCAGUUUAGACAGUCGUAGAAUGUGUUUUCAAAAUUAAAAUCAUCUUGAGCUGAA